CACUUGUUGAUGGGGAGGUGUGCGCAACAAGUGGACAGCCACACUCGUCGAGGACUUUGAACACGGCCGACGUUGACCGCAGCAUGACGAACGUGGACGUGCGAGGGAGCUCGGUAAGCGUGUGUGUCUCCAAAGUCCGUCGAUCUGUCGGCGACUAUGAUGACGCCGAGUCUACGCCACGAAAAACCAAGCGCCUCAUGGUCGUGCACAAGCCAACGAUCGCACCGCAGAAGCACCACGCCAUCGUAGCUGCCACGACGGUGCUUGCAAACAAAGCCAAGUCUGCAUCCCCUCCAGUCUCGACAGACUAUGACACUGCUGCCCAAACUACAGCCAACUCGACCACUCGCGCGACGAUGGAUGCCACCGAUCGACGUCGAGCCGUCGAAGAGUGGAAAAACCGAAACAAGGCAUGCGUGUCGACGCGAUACACUCUCUACCUCGACCCUGACGCCAACUUGACCGCCGACAUUCGAGCCCUCCUCAAGACGAACCAACUGGCUACGUUUUCGUUUGGCGUCGACAACCUCCGGUCCCUUCAACUUGGCCGUGACAUGUUUGGCUCCGUCGACCCAUCGCUCAAUACUCGCCUCAUGGGGACCGACCAUUGCAGGUUCACGCACGAAGGCGGUGUGCUGUAUAUCCAGAGGCGAGGACAAGGCUGCGUGUCCGUGAACGGCGUCCGGCUCGAGCAACGCGUACGGGUGCCUCUCCGAAGCGGAGACAAAGUGACGCUGCUGGACAAGGCCAUCGUGUCGUUGGUGUAUGUUGUGUCGCGCAAGUUUUGCCAGCUCCAGUCGUCGAGGCGAUCCCUCUCGCGGCACCACCGCAUGCACUCGAUCGCUGUGUGCGCCGCUGCACCGCUCGUGGGCCUCGACCGCCAUGGCAAACUCCAUCCGAUUCCGGAAAUGGAGGUGGAACGGCAUGUUGCCAUGAUUCGCCAAUGCGCCGCACGACGACCAUCCAUUCACGUCGGCCUGUAUGUCGCCACGUGGCCUGUCCUCCACAAGAUUCUGUCGUGGGGGUCCCAAGUUGUCCACUUUAUGGGCCAAGGCAACCAUGAGCACGUGUACUUGGAAGAUCAUCUGGGCAUGGUGCAUCCGUUGCCGUACGUGGACUUGUAUACCAUGCUCCGGAAAACUGGCGACGACUCGCCCAAGCACGUCAAGGUCGUCGUGCUGGCGUACACACCGUCCCGAAAACUAGUGAAUGCGUUCGUCGCGCUUGGGGUCCCCAAUGUGCUUGUCGUCAACAACGUCGAUUGCAUCACCCCAUUUUAUACGGCGCUGACGGCUGGGUACACUGUCCAAGAGAGCGUGGCCAAGGCGCUGACCGCAGUGGGAUAUGUUACCCCGACACUGCCGUCCACCGUCGAGUCGCUGUCAUAUCCAUCGCAGGAGAGUCCGACAACCCCCGCCGCGGUUCCCCCGCUGCAGCUCUUUCCCGGUGGUUUGCACGACCAAGUUAUCUUUCGGCCAAAGGUUGGCGACGUGUCCAAGGCACCGAUGCAAGCAACGGCCAAGUCCCCGCGAACUGUCGUGGGGCGCCCCCUGCCGCCGCUCACUUCAACCAUGACGUGCCAUCCGGCCCACAUCUUCCGCAUUUGCGAGCUCUUGACGUCCACACCUCGACUGAUAACUAUCAAAGGGCCACCCAAGACAGGCAAAGCGGCGACGGCAAUUCUCGUGGCCCACCGCCUCGAACAUCGGCACGGGAUUUUGGGAGUUGGCGAGCGCAUUGCGUUUGAAUACGUGCUGGAGGUCACUCAACGACACGCGGCCAAGAAAACCACCACCGUCGACCUGUGGACGUACGUGCGGCAGCGCACUCGGACGCACACGACGGACAGAUCCAAGUGGCCCACCCUGAUCAUCCUCGUCGGGUGCGACGCUUGGCUACAAGACGAAUCUGUCAGCGCAGGCUUUCGCGCGUUACUCGAGACCUGGUUUGACUCGAUCGAGUCGUUGAAAGUCCUCAUCACGGCCUCUACCUCUGUCACCGCCGAGCACAGUCCUGGGCAGUUUGGCGAACAUGCGUACGACGGUGGCGGCGACCAUGAAACCUCACAAUUGUGUCGAGUAGCUACGAGUUGGACGAGUUGCGGCCACGAAUGGCGCCGCACGACAACGCUGUGGCACCAGAAGCACAUGCGCCCCAGCCACCUACACCGCCAACGAAAGAAGCGCUCAACAAGCGGUUCCAAACCUUGGCAUUGAUGUAGUACGGCAUUCGAUUUGCAACAGCGAGGGCAAGUGGAUGGGUUGCACUAUAUUGGCAAAAUAGUUAAAUGUAUGUGAGAUUGAGCGGU